GGUUCGACUUGAUUGGAAGGUCCAAAAGAUGCGUCGAUUCAAUUCCUGCUUUUUGGCUUUCGCAAUUCGCAAUGACAUCGUCUGUUGCUGGCAGCAGCGCAAACAGUACUGUACCGGUAUACACCUCAGCUGUCUCACGAAAUGGAGCAACCGAUUUCUAUUCUUCUUGGGAGGUGAGGGCAAUGUGUUGAGGUGGACGGCAGUGAAUGAUGAGGAAGCGUUCGGUGGCAAGGGAACCAGACCACGCUUCGGAACGUGGAAAAUGACGGGUUCCACUCUAUUCGUGAAUUAAUUCUUGCCACCACGGACCAUCACCACAAGGGACAAGCGGCAACAACAGCACCAGCCAGACAUCACAAACAUCGACUUCCUGUUACCAGACUGGUACUUGUCGAGGCAUCGAACGCAAUCGCCCUACUCUAGCUGCUGACUAGCGAUCCAAUAGUGUGACUGUUUUCAGGCCUGACGUUUCUCACAAGAGAUCCCGCUUUUUCGCUCUACCUUUUCUACGGUAAAUACCCAACAAUUAAUUGAGGACCCCGCAUAACAGAACAGAAUGGGCCUCAACGUGGAUGAGUGCAUCGAGACGCUGAAAUCGGGCGAAUGCGUGAGCGAGAGUUCCCUGCGACUCCUGUGUCAAUACGUGUCUGAGCUUUUGAUGGAAGAAAGCAAUGUCCAGCCUGUGCUGAGUCCAGUAACGAUUGUGGGAGAUUUGCACGGCCAAUUCUUUGAUUUGCUCAAUCUGCUGCGUGUGGGGGGAUGGCCUCCCGAUACCUCGUACAUUUUUCUGGGAGACUUUGUCGAUCGUGGACACAACAGUGUGGAAACUCUCAGUUUAUUGCUCUGUCUGAAAUUGAAAUAUCCCGGUCAUGUCACCUUAUUGAGAGGAAAUCAUGAGAGUCGUCAAAUUACACAAGUCUAUGGUUUCUACGACGAGUGUUUACGAAAGUACGGCAAUGCAUCCGUGUGGAGACAUUGUGUGCAAUGCUUUGAUACCUUUGGUCUCGCCGCCUUGAUUGACGAACAGGUACUCUGUGUCCACGGAGGACUCUCCCCGGAUGUACGAACAUUAGAUCAAGUCCGGGCCAUUGAUCGCAAUCAAGAAAUUCCUCACGAAGGAGCAUUUUGUGAUUUGGUCUGGAGUGAUCCCGACGAUAUUUCUGGAGCCUGGCAAUUGAGUCCUCGAGGAGCCGGAUAUUUAUUUGGACAACGCGUCACGGACGAAUUUCAUCACGUCAACAAUUUACAACUCAUGGCACGAGCGCAUCAAUUGGUAUUGGAAGGACGCAAGUAUCAUUUUGACAAACGAUUGGUCACCGUGUGGUCGGCACCCAAUUAUUGUUAUCGGUGUGGAAAUGUCGCUGCCAUUUUGGAAAUUGGGGGAGACAACGCCCAUACUACUAAUAACCCGGAAGAAGACGGACCAGGUUCCGAAGGAUUUGAAGGAUCCAUUCGACAACGAUUCAAGUUCUUUCGAGACACAGAACAGUCAGUUUAUGGGCCCAAGGGAGAAACCAGAGCACAGCUGGUUCCUUACUUUUUGUAGUAAAAUACUGUAUCACUCCUCAUUUCUUUGUAAUACUCCAACCACCCACGAAUCUACACGCGAUGUUCAAUGUAUGUAUCUAGAUCUUCUAUUAGAAUCUAUUACAACCUU